AUCACCCAAGAUGGCGUUCAUUCUCACAGACAUGCACGAUUGGUACAGGGAUCUAAUGGACAAUAAAAGCGAUCCCCGAGUAGCCGACUGGCCGAUGAUGUCCUCGCCACUGCCCACCCUAGCGCUGUGCAUAUUCUAUGCCUAUUUUAGCAAAUCGAUCGCGCCCAGGAUCAUGGAGAAGCGAAAACCGAUGGACCUUAGGAACUUGCUCGUAGGCUAUAACCUAUUUCAGACGAUCUUUAGCACGUGGAUAUUUUACGAGUAUUUACAGAGUGGAUGGUGGGGCCACUAUAGCUUUAGAUGUCAACCGGUAGAUUAUUCGGAUAAUCCCCUUGCCUUACGGAUGGCGCGGACGUGCUGGUGGUACUACAUUUCCAAGUUUACCGAAUUCUUCGAUACACUGUUCUUCCUGCUGCGGAAGAAGAACCAACAUGUGUCGACCCUGCACGUUAUCCACCACGGAUGCAUGCCGUUCUCGGUUUGGAUGGGCAUGAAGUUCGCCCCGGGUGGUCACAGCACAUUCUUCGCCAUGCUCAACUCGUUUGUACAUAUUGUUAUGUAUUUCUACUACAUGGUAGCUGCCCUAGGACCAAAGUACCAGAAGUACAUCUGGUGGAAGAAGUACCUCACCGCAUUCCAAAUGCUGCAAUUCGUGGCCAUCUUCACUCACCAGUUCCAGCUGCUGUUCACCGAGUGCAACUACCCGAAGGGCUUCAUGGUGUGGAUCGGCCUGCACGGCGUCAUGUUCCUGUUCCUGUUCUCCGAUUUCUACAAGCAAGCCUACAGCAAACGGAAAGCACUGAGGCUGGCCGCCGAAAACAAGCUGCUGCAAGCCACCAAGUACGAUGCCUUGAAUGGUGGAAGUGCGUCGAACGGCUCCCUCGCCAACGGACAUCACCUGUACCAGAACGGCAAGCUGUCCAACGGGGACCUGGCCAACAAUAACCAGGGAGCGUGCAUGCCCGUCCUCGACGACGACGAGCUGCACCAGCGCAAGGUGACGGGCAACGGAAUCUACAUGAACGGUAUGCCCAAGCCGGCGGCCAACUCGUACAGCAACGGCAACUCGAACGGAUUCGUCGAGUCGAUCCGGGACGAGAACGACGAUUCGACCAGUGCAGCGGGCCUGAUGCGCGUCCGGAAGAUCCAAUAACCCAGCGCCCUCAGCAACGACAACGACAACGAUGACGGAAGCGGUGGCCAACAGCGGUCGUCGUGGCACCAGCAGCGUCUUCACCGUCGUCGUCGUCCUCGUCGUCAGCAGAACCAACAAGCACGGAGAGGUGGCGUCGGUGGCGGCGGAGGUCGCGGUGGCCGUUGCACCUUCUAGGAAUCCCUACUACUACUACUACAGUAAAACUACUAUUGACGCAAUGGGUCCGGUUGGUCGGCCGAGGAGCCCGUGCCGGUGGGGAGCAUGAAGUGAAGAUUAAGAUUUAAGUCAAAUGUGUGUGGGGAUAACUAGACUAAGCUUAAUAGGAAGUGUCUAAUAUUAGCAAACGGUUAUGAGUGAGAGAGAGAGAGAGAGAGAGAGAGAGAAAGCUGUGAGAGGUGAGCGAGCGAGUGAGUGGAACCUUUAGUAGGAUUGUUAGUCUUUAGGAGUCAACAGAGAGUUUUUUUGUUUUGUCGCAUAUGGAGAUUCGAACGCAAGCGUGAGACGCGCCCCCCUAAAAUCUACUCGACGAUCGUUUCUCAUUCGAAAGAGACGGAAAUUUGUAUUAUUUGCUAAUGUCUUUCGCUUUUAUGCGGGUGGAGGCUGGACUGUUCCAAAAACAGUCCCGCCGAUUCGAUGUUUUGCUUAAGGAAAACAAAAAAACAAAAUCAAUCAAUCAUAUACAAUUGGAUUUAGUGGAAUGAGAAUGCGAACGCGAACAAUGGGAAAUUGUGUGUUGAUACGAAACUGGAAAUAGUAUUUUCUAUUCUAUAGAGAAGAUUUAAACGGUUUGUGGCAAGGAAUAACCGAACUGAAACUGCUACUACUAC